AAACAACGAAUUCUUUACUUGUACAACACUAUGCUGAAAAAGAGAAAAUGUUUCCUUCAAGACAUGAGGCGUAAUGUCAAGAGAAAAGCGAAAAAGAUGGAACUAUCUGCGCGGAGCGGUUUAAUGUAUUCUCUAGGUCGCCAGUGUCCAGGUUUGUGUGGCUGUUUGACACGAACCAGCGCCGGCAGAGACAAGUGUUUAAUAUGUGAAGAGAAACUAAAGAAAGAUUUCAAGAAGUGUGACAACGAAGACUGUAAAUUUGUCUAUUGCCGAGAAUGCUGGCGUGAUAUCAAGAAAACUUGCUACGCCUGCAUGCCAUUGGAAGACUUCAGUGCCACUGACAGUGACAGCAUGACCGAUGAUGAUAAAGAUGAUGAUGAAAUCUGAUGAUGAAUAUUUGCCAGAUAGCAAUGAAAGGGGUGAUCUCUACAUU